UUUCACUCCACCUUAUUCUCUUUCUAUCUCUAAGCAUAACUCGCAAUCUCUCUGUCUUCAUCUUUAUGUGAGCGUUAAAAGAGUGAGAGAGAUUUCGCGCGCUAAACACGACGGUGCUGUUAACUCUUGCGGUGUUGCCGUAACGUUCUCCCGUUACUAUCUAUCUCUCUCUCUGAGCCUGGGAGAUGAGGUUACUAUCACAUACGAUUCUCAAAGUUCUCAUUCUCUGUGAUCUACUUAUCUGUUAUCCUUCAUUCUCUUUCUCUCUCCUUGACGAGAACUCUGUGCCGGAAUCAGAGCUUCUUUUACCGGAAACCAACGCAACCGCCGUUGGCAAUGCCUCGCUCGCGGGAUCCAACGAGGAUAGUCUCGCUAACAUGAUUGAUCGGGCUCUCGAAAGGGAGUUCCCGGAGAAUGAACAGAACGAAGGUACUGAUGCUGGUAGUUUCAAUAACAGUGUUGCUGAACAGCAGGCUGUUUUAGAAACUGUUGCUAGAGUUAAGCCCAAGAAAAAUGAGAGCAAAGAGGAAAAGUCAUUUCAGUUCCAUGACGUUUUCAAUUUGGACAGUGAGAACCGGGUUGAGGAUAUGCCAACUUUAAUUGAUCGAAAGGACAAUGUCUUUAUCAUAUCUAAUCCCAAGUCAAAGUACCCUGUUCUGCAAUUAGAUUUGAGAUUGAUAUCAGAUCUUGUGGUUGUCAUUGUCUCUGCCACCUGUGGUGGCAUUGCCUUUGCUUGUGCUGGACAACCGGUUAUGACUGGAUAUCUGUUAGCAGGAUCCCUCAUUGGACCAGGAGGUUUGAGUUUUGUUAGUGAAAUGGUCCAAGUCGAGACAGUUGCUCAAUUUGGUGUCAUCUUUUUGCUCUUUGCAUUGGGCUUAGAGUUUUCCACAACAAAGCUUCGAGUUGUUCGGGCAGUGGCUAUUCUUGGAGGUCUGCUGCAAAUUCUCUUAUUUAUGUGCUUGUGUGGAAUAACAGCUUCGUUAUGUGGUGGUAAAUCAUCUGAAGGAAUAUUUGUUGGUGCAUUUCUAUCCAUGUCUUCAACAGCAGUGGUCUUGAAAUUUUUAAUGGAAAGGAAUAGCGUCAAUGCCCUUCAUGGUCAGGUUAUAAUUGGAACUCUGAUACUGCAGGAUUGUGCUGUUGGUUUGCUCUUUGCACUGCUUCCUGUCUUGGGUGGAACAUCAGGUGUUCUUCAGGGAAUAAUAUCCAUGGCUAAAUCGUUGUUGAUCUUAAUGACAUUUCUGGUAGUUUUGUCAGUAUUAUCUCGUACUUGCGUCCCGUGGUUCCUUAAGCUUAUGAUAAGCUUAUCAUCUCAGGUGAACAUAGACAUUUGCUCUGUUGUUGGAAGUUUGUUCCUGUGUUACUUUUUAACUGUAUUUUUCUGUAUUUUUCUUGUGCAGACCAAUGAACUUUAUCAGUUGGCAUCAGUGGCAUUCUGCCUAAUAGUUGCUUGGUGUAGUGAUAAGCUGGGUUUAAGCCUUGAACUAGGUUCAUUUGCUGCAGGAGUGAUGAUAUCAACAACGGAUCUUGGUCAACAUACGCUUGAACAAGUUGAGCCAAUUCGCAACUUUUUUGCGGCUCUGUUCUUGGCCAGUAUUGGGAUGCUUAUACAUGUCCAUUUCCUUUGGAAUCAUGUUGACAUUUUACUGGCAGCUGUUAUAUUGGUGAUCAUUAUAAAAACAAUUGUAGCUGCAUCUGUUGUCAAGGGGUUUGGAUACAACAACAAGACUUCAGUCCUUGUUGGGAUGUCCUUGGCACAAAUUGGGGAAUUUGCCUUUGUUCUUCUCAGUCGUGCUUCAAAUGUUCAUUUAGUUGAGGGAAAGUUGUAUUUAUUGCUCCUCGGAACAACAGCUCUCAGUCUGGUGACUACACCCUUGCUUUUUAAGCUGAUUCCUGCUGUUCUGCAUCUUGGAGCACUGCUCCGGUGGUUUCCUCCCGAAAGUCCUGCUGAGAUUGGCUUUAAAGGGGACAGCUUUCGUGCAGACAGUGCUAAGCGUAUUACUUUGAUGGUUCAAGGCUCCCAUGAUUCAUGAUAUCCAAAUAUAUUAUGGCGCAGAAAAUGAAUUUGCGGGAUUUUUACCUGAUGGCUUCUGUUAUUCUGGUGAACAGGUGCCAAAUAGUGCAAAUAACUUGACUAAUUCAAUACAUUUUCUAUUGCAAAGAACUGUAUAUGCCGCCUGCUUUCAGAGCAUGCACCAGAACCAGUGAAUGCAAUGGCAAACGCAGGACACCGGAGGCAGGAUUUCAAACCAGAUCAAUCAACUAACCUUGUAACCUGGGCCACAUUGAAUGGCCUAUUUUGUGUAUAUAGUAAUAUCUAGUUGCGGUUGGUAGUGUAAUUCAUUUUAGAUGAUUUUUAUUUUAUCCAAAUUUUUGUGUUGAUUGUUAUUGAAUGUGUAAGUUGUCUCUGUAGACAGUCAUCAAUGUCAAAUGUAUCAUGCUCAUAAACUAUUGAAAUUAUUAAUGAUAGUGAAAGGUAAAUCGAAAUAUGGUUCAUUAUCUCUAA